AUGGCAAAUAUUCUUACUGAAUCAAGUACAACAAUCGUUAAUAAUGAUUGCCAGCAAAUCAAUGAACAAAUCGAGAAAUUAAAUGUUAAUUCUGAUCAAACUACAAACGAUGGAGGACAAACAAAGUCAACAGCGAUACAAAAUUUACUUGAGAAAAAACUUUCCAAUAGUGACGAUCAAAAAGAAAACUCUCUAUUAUCGACAUCGUCAACAGAUUCCAAUGAUUUGUCGACGCCACUUAUUUUAAUGAAUAAGCAAAUUGAACUUAUACAUCCUCUUGAAAGUCAAUGGUCAUUUUGGUAUUUGAAAAAUCAACAAGGAAAAGAUUGGCAAGAUAAUUUAAUGAAAUUAGCUACAUUUGGUUAUGUUGAAGAAUUUUGGGCUCUCUUCAAUCAUCUUCGUGUUGCUUCACGUUUACCACCAAGUUGUGAUUAUAUGUUAUUUAAAAGUCCUAUUUUACCCUGUUGGGAAGAUUCUCAUAAUACAAGUGGUGGUCGUUGGGUUCUUUAUUUCUCGAAAUCAGAACAAGUCUAUCUUAAUCUUGAUGUUUGUUGGCUUGCAUCAAUGUUAGCUCUUAUCGGUGGCCAAUAUGCACAAGAUACAAAUUAUGUCAAUGGAGUUGUUUUAUCGGCGCGUAAAAGUUGUGAUCGUAUUGCACUUUGGACAUCGGUUCAUCAUGAUCAACAACUGAUCUAUCGUAUUGGUCGACGUAUGCGUGAAUUAAUUAACAUUCCACGACAAAUUCAUAUUCUAUUUGAGCUUCAUAAUCAAGAAACAAGUACAGCAACUAGUGUGAUGAACAAGAAGAAAAGUACAGCAGGAAAUAAAGUACUCUAUCAACUAUAG